GUGUUUACACAAUUACGUCAUUGAUAUCUGUGUAAAACACAUGAGUACACCACAGCGAACAAAAUUGCUGGUUUGUAAAACCUUGGAAGAGGCUUUAAGGAAAAUCCAGGAGCUGGAAAUGCAAGAUAAUUUGUGCCUGACUCUAGUACGAAGAAUUUUGGGAAGACGGAGUUGGUUAUGGACCUUUGCCGCCCUUCAUCCAGAGCCUUCCACAGAGAUGGCAGAUAUAUCGCUGCCUGGACCAACAGUUGACCAUGCCGUUGAGUCCAUGAUAUCAGUAGCAGCCAUGAAAACAUCUACAGAAUUACAUCUGCGGCCGUGGCUAUUAAUGGAUACAUUCUGCACCACUUCCAUGUGCUGUCAGUUUGAAACGUCUCUACUCUGACAGAAGGAAGGGAAUGAAUACCCAGGAUUGUUCCUCAGGAAAAUCUCUUCAACAGGCUGUUGUCAGUUUGCAUGCUCUUUGGAUGGAAUUACUCUACCUUGGCUUGCAGAGAAUCUGUGAUA